AUCAGAUCCAUCUCGAGUCAGGUCUCAAUCCACCGCAUUUUCGCUUCAAGCCUUCCGCCUUCUCCAGGGCUCAUCCAGGCAUCGCAUCAAUGGAUAUAAAGCUUCAUGUCUUGGAGGAAAUUACUGAUAACUUCUCCGACGAGCUGAAGAUUGGAAGCGGGGGAUACGGAAAUGUUUACAGGGGAACUUGGAAGGAUCAAGAGAUUGCCGUGAAAAGGCUUCACCAUGAGGCAGGAUUACCUGAGGCUAACAACCCAUUUGGGAAUGAGUUUCUCAACCUUAUGAGUAUCGAAAAUCCACAUGUUGUACGGCUAGUUGGUUAUUGUUUUGAAAUACAGCAUAAAAAUGUUGAAUACGAGGGCAAGCUGUGUUUUUCUCAAUACAUGCACAAAGCUCUCUGCUUUGAAUACUUGCAGGGUGGAAGCCUAGAGAAGUAUCUCAAAGACUCUCAUGACUAUGACUGGCCCAUGUGUUACAACAUCAUUAAGGGGAUAUGCGAAGGUUUAAAUUUCCUUCACCAACGGUCAAUACUCCACUUGGAUUUAAAACCAGCCAACAUAUUACUUGAUAAGAACAUGGUGGUAAAAGUUGCUGAUUUUGGGUUGUCAAGGUUAGCUCGGACAAAUACCCAAAUUACUGAGAAGGCUGUGGGAACAAAUGGUUACAUGCCCCCAGAGUUUUUAAGUAAGGGAAUAAUCACACCCAAGAAUGAUGUCUAUAGUUUAGGCAUCAUAAUCAUACAGAUAAUGGCUGGACAUACAGGUUACUCCGAAUUUCAUGAAACCGAUGAUGCCGACCAUUUAAUUGAAAUGGUAAAUACAAGUUGGAGGGAACGGAUAAGUACAACCAUGUCACCAUGGGAAUCAGAAGAAUCAAAUCAAGUGAAGAUAUGCAUCAAUCUAGCAAUAAAAUGUAUUGAUGACCAAAGAAAGAAUAGACCAGCAAUAAUAGAAAUUGUGGAUAUCCUCAGGAAGACAGAAAAGGAGAUCCCAGAGGAGUAUUGGAGGAACCGUGCACAAUUUCUCCUGCACCAAGUGCGAUCGCUAACCACACAUAUACUUUUAUACAUAUACGAUGCACAUCACGGGUCAACUAACGUCCUUUCUCUGUUUCAAAAUUAUUGAAUGGAUCUUAAUUACCCACUC